CCCAGCCAGGCGUCACAGCACCGACAAGAUGGCCGAGAGUAAGGGACGAAAGUGAGGGAGGAAACAAAAACACUGGCGAGAUAUCCUUGCCGCAGAUGCCAGACCUGUAAGAGCAGCCGAAGACACGUUAGUGCAAAGACAGCAGCUCGACACUCGGGUUGUUCAGGACUCGGAUCUGGUAUGCAGAUGAACUCCGAGCCAGCUAGCGGACGGAUCGUCAGGUUGUCUGCGUCGGCUAGCUAGCUAGCGCGCUAACCAUGCUAGCUAGCUGACAACAGCGUUUUACAGAAAGUGACACUUUGUGAAUUUUGUGGAUACAUACUCGUUGCUACUUCUUCGCUUUCUGAGAGUUAACAUUUGUUGGAGCAGCGAAACGUCACUGAGUGGGAAAGCUUAUUUAAUGCACCAGUUAACGCUUGGCUAGCUGGUUAGCAAACUAACAUUGCGGAUUUCUUGUUGGCAGCUUUAGAGCUAGCAUUAGCCAACGCCAGUUAGCUUGCUCAGCUGUUUUGGUUGACUUCGGGUUGUUCCGACAGAAGGCAGAAGUGUGGAAGGACAUUUUUCUGUCUGCGUAGAAGUACCUCAGAAGAUUCUGAGUAGGACUGGAGACUUUGUGACGUUGAAGGGACUGUAAACAUUAAGCCGAGGAGAGCCCAGCGUCGUCAGCAUCACCAUGGCACAUUCUCCUGUCCAGGGACACCUGCCGGGCAUGCAGAAUGCCAAAGCUGACCCGGAGGAUUUCUUCACCAAGCUGGAGCGCAUUGGCAAGGGCUCGUUUGGCGAGGUGUUCAAAGGUAUCGACAAUCGCACGCAGAAAGUGGUGGCCAUCAAGAUCAUCGACCUGGAGGAGGCAGAGGACGAGAUCGAAGACAUACAGCAGGAGAUCACGGUGCUGAGCCAGUGUGACAGCCCCUUUGUCACCAAAUACUACGGCUCAUAUCUGAAGGACACAAAGUUAUGGAUCAUUAUGGAGUAUUUAGGGGGAGGAUCAGCGUUGGAUUUGAUGGAGCCCGGAGCUCUGGACGAGACCCAGAUCGCCACAAUCCUAAGGGAGAUCUUGAAGGGCCUGGAGUACUUGCACUCGGAGAAGAAGAUCCACAGGGAUAUCAAAGCUGCCAACGUGCUGCUGUCCGAGCAGGGAGAGGUGAAGCUGGCGGAUUUCGGCGUGGCAGGACAGUUAACGGACACUCAGAUCAAACGCAACACUUUCGUUGGGACGCCGUUCUGGAUGGCGCCGGAGGUCAUCAAACAGUCAGCCUAUGACUCCAAGGCUGAUAUCUGGUCUCUGGGCAUCACAGCCAUCGAGCUAGCAAAAGGUGAGCCCCCUCACUCAGAGCUCCACCCCAUGAAGGUGUUAUUCCUUAUCCCAAAGAACAACCCACCCACGCUGGAGGGCAACUACAGCAAACCGCUCAAGGAGUUUAUAGAGGCCUGUCUCAACAAGGAGCCCAGUUUUAGGCCAACCGCCAAAGAACUGUUGAAGCAUAAGCUGAUCGUGCGACACGCAAAAAAGACCUCCUACCUGACUGAGUUGGUUGACAAGUACAAGAGGUGGAAGGCGGAGCAGUCCAGAACCACAGAGUCCAGUUCUGAUGAGUCUGACUCAGAGCAGGACGGCCAGGCGUCGGGCGGGAACGACUUUGGCAGUGAUGACUGGAUCUUCACCAUCCGAGAGAAGGACCCCAAGAAGCUGCAGAAUGGGGAGGGACAGUCAGGGGCAACAGACCAGACAAAAGACAUUCCAAAGAGGCCUUAUUCACAGAGCCUGGCCACAGUCAUCUCUCCUGCACUAGCCGAGCUGAAGGCGAGACAGGAGCAGGUGAACGGGAACCCCAUGGUCCUGGACGAGCUGAGGGAGGCAAUCCUGCUGGCUGAGGAGUCUUACCCUGGCAUCUCCGACUCGCUGGUUGCCCACAUGGUGCACAGGCUCCAGAGUUUCUCCACAAGCCGGACAUCCUCCUCAUCCCCUUAGUACCUGGCUCUUUGCCCAACCCCUGCUCUCCCAGGCCCCCACCUCCCCCCCAACACCACAUCCAGCUGAGAGGUCAAGUAAAAAAUACCAGCUGACCAUGUUUGACCUCCUGUGUGGGUGGGGAGCUUACCAAGCCUGUAGAAGUAACUGAACUCAAAACGGAGGAUAAAAAAAGAGACUCCGGAGAGCUUCUUUUAGCCAGAAGUUUUGGUGGAACGAGACUAAAGUCGGAGCAACCCACCGUCAGACUCUACAAGACUUCUCGGAGGCUUCGCUACAUGGAAUUUGCUCGCAGAGGAGCUGAAAAUCUCCCCUAAAAAAUCCUAGACUUCUUCAGUGCCCCUCUCUUAAUGCAGGCGUCAUAUCCCCAAAACCUCUGACCGCAUGCUUGAUGAACCUGCAGGGAUAUAAGUGUGCAAGCUGCGUAUGUGUGCGUGCUUAAAACAGGCACCCUGUGAGCGUGUUUGCGUGCGUGCUCUCUUGUAUGUAAGACUCCCUGUUAAGGCAAAUUGCAGCAUUCUUAAUGAAACCUCAGGUAAAGUGCUUUAAGUGGACUUCAAGGCAUUGGACAGAGGUGGAGAAGGCGGAGAGAGGAAGGGGAAGGAGGGGAGGUCGCCAUGCUGUACAUGAUUUUGAGUUGUGGGAAAUGAAUCACUGUGUACAAAAUGGUCCUGUGCAUUUUGUAGAUAUUGAUAAUGUUAAAAAAAGAAGUAGAUAUUUAAAGAUUUCAGAAGUAACUCCAACAGAUGGAAACAGAAAAUGCCUUGCCUUUUUGAGAUACACACAUCUAUGUUCUGGCAUUUCAUCCGAAGUUUGUUUUCUUUUACUCGUCUGUGAGUGAGAUUCAGUAUCCAUCAGUGUUUUUUAAAAUGACUGAGUUUCAAUCUUCCAUUUCAAUCAUCAAACUAACUUCGAUACUAAGCGUACGUUGUUUAGCGUUUUCCUUUGUUUUUGUAGGCAGGGGGAGAACUCCUACCUGUGCUUCUGUUUAGACAAUUGAAAUUGUUUAGGGUAAGAAUGAAGGUAUGUUUGUGUCGGCGGUGGCUCUUAAAUUGAACAGUAUUGAGUUGGACAAUUACAAAGGAGAACCACUUUAGGCGGCUGAAUGCAGACAUCAAGACAAGUAUUAUUUUUCCUCGGCUCGUAAUUGAUCCUUUAAGCUUAAGUGAAGUCGAAGCAAUCACAUUACAGUUCUUUUCAUGGCCAAACUAGAGUGUAGAUCAGGUCAAAACUAAGCUGCAGAAAUCAACGCCAUCUUUUUUCCUUUGCUCCGGAAAUUUCUGUUCUCACUUCCGAACCAACACUAGAAGUGCCAUGUCGUCUUUAACGCUUUCACCAUGUUUGUAGAAUGAUUUGCACCUUUUUUUAUUUUCAGAUCAGUUGUUUUGCACUUUGAAAGUGUGUCGAGUAUUUAAAGAGACCCGUGAGAGGAACAAAAAGACAAAAAGAAAAGAGUUGCUAAUAGCCAUGUUUUACUAUAUACGUUUACUUAAGAGUUUCAGAUUUUACUACUGUGCUAAUGCAGCAAUAAUGUUGAGAAGUUGCAUCAAGACGCACUUGUCAACACAGGGAUUGAAAGAAAUUAAGAAAUAUCAGAUAUUUUUAUAACUGCAAAGAGUUAAGUAUGGAAAUAUGGAAUGCUUUAUGGAUAUGGGCACCUGCCUCUGGCAAAAAAUAUCUAUACCUUACAGAAAAACAUAUGCUACGGAAAUAACUACAAAAUGUGUACAUUUGGUCUCCUUUAUCAUAGCUGACAGUUUAUAGUACUGUAUAUAAUCUUUGCUUGUGUCAUUUGAGAAUUCCCAAGUUUAAUGUAAGCUCCUUGUAAGCUUUCAAAGUGACAUGAGAAAUAAAGAUCUAAUGCUAACUGA